AUGCUCCAUCAUCUGAGUCUUCCCUCUCUCCGCUCUGCUCAACCCUCCGGAAGCGCCACCCCCGGCAAGACGCUCUCGCGCAAAGCCUCGGGCUUGUUUAGCACCAGUCUCUCGAAGCUCUCUCCCAAGUCGCGCUCGGGCUCUCCCGAAGCUACAAAGCCGGCCGAGUCCAUAGACCUCGACAGCGACGACGAUGAGACGAAGCCUCGCCGGCCAUCCAAGCUUACCCCCAUAGGCUCCGAGGAAGAAGCGCCCAAUGCUGCGCGAUCAAACAUCCGGGGCGCCAAACCCUGGCACCAAUCCACUCUACUCCGGGCCCCGAGGAAGGGAAACCCUAUCCAUAGCCGAUAUCGCUCUGGUUCAUCGCCUCGGACCUCGACCGAGAGCAGUGAGCAGUUCCAAGGGAUGAUGGGCGACCUCAAGCUCGACGCCCUGGAUUCAGAUGCUUCAGUACUGGGAGGCUUUGGCGGCCACCAUCGGAGAACUUCCUCCUCGUAUCCCUCCCACGGGAAAGCUUCUACUCGGAUUCAGUCGCCAGAGUCCAUGUACCGCCCAAACAAGCUCAGUUUUACCAAUCUAUCACGCUACGGGAGGGCAAAUGACCGACUUUCGAACCUGCGCUCUACUCUGGCCUCGGAUGAAAGCUACGAUGUGACCGUGACCACCACCGCCUCGGAUGUGAUGACAGAAGCCGACACGGCCAUCGCCGAGUGGCAAGACCAGCAGCAGCCUCGGCCAGCAGAAGCAUCAUUCCACAGAAGCCCGCUGAUGGAGAGCACAGAGAUCCUACCCGGCGAUUCUGCCUCCCAGCAGCCGAGCCCUUCCGGAGCGCGUAUCGCAAGUGCUGGUCCCGGCUCAAGAUUGACUUGGCGGAGCGGCGACCCCAUAAAGAAUCAGUACGAUGGCAUUCACGAAGCCAACAAUCGGCACCAGAGCCCCGAUACUACCACGCAGCUGCCGUUCACGCCUGCAAACAGGGGCCAUCAAAGACCGUCGAAGCGGAAAGCAUCCGUCUUCUCCCUCCACAGCCUGUCAGGCUCCAUAUCCAAGCACCGCAAAUCCGGCCUACGCCAAUGGGCCAGCAGCGUGUACCAGCAGGGGAGCAAGAGGCUGGCCACCCGGCUCAAGUGGAUACGUCCGGCUCGGCGAGAUCGGGGGCUGUUUGAAUCGUGGAGGACGCGCCGCCGUGGGACGAGCCAGGAGCCAUCGUCUCCCUGCAGAGAAAAGGCCGAGAGGACAGUUGAGCACAGGGUCUGUGCCAGUGAGGGCUGGUGGGAUGAAGGGGUGAGUCGGUUUCAGGCGCCCGAUUACAUGAAUUUUUAG